UUUCUGUUCUGCAGAAAUGUUAAAAGUUUACAUCCUCUGUAACUUGUAUAAUAUCGAAAUGUGUUGAAAAAUAAACCGUUCAAGUUUCCCGCCUUAAUGUAAAGAAUCACAUGACUUGCAUAACUGGAAAAUGGCGGUUUGUGUGAACGUCUAUACAGUGUGUGUAGCUAUUACAGUUUGCAUUUCUUUAAUAUCGGGUGAACUUUACAAAAAAGACAGUUAUAGGACAAUUAAAUCACCAUGGAUUCCAUUGGUUCUUACAACAUGGGGCUAUAGAGAUGCCGUCAAAGCAGGGUGGAAUGUCAUCAAAAAUGGAAAUUCUGCAUUAGACGCUGUGGAAGCGACGGGACAUUCUUGUGAAAUGGCACAGUGCCGACAUACCGUCGGAUUUGGCGGAAGCCCCGACGAGAGUGGAGAAACUACACUUGAUGCUGUGAUAAUGGAUGGCAACACACAUAACGUGGGAGGUGUAGGUGGUAUACGGAGGAUCAAACAGGCCAUCUCUGUCGCCAGAAAAGUGUUAGACAAUACUGACCACUCUUUGCUCGUUGGAGAUGCAGCAACAAAGUUUGCUGUCCAGAUGGGAUUCAAAGAAGAAAAUCUUACCACGCCUUAUUCAGAAAAUCUGUGGGACACCUGGGGAAAAAAUAAAUGCCAGCCAAAUUUUCGAGAGAACGUUAAACCUGAUCCUAGAAAGUCAUGUGGUCCGUACCAUCCAAUCAACGGUCAACAACAACAACAAAGGGUCAGCAAAAUUAUGGACAAUAUUGACGCCGACAAUCACGACACAAUUGGUAUUGUAGCUAUAGAUUCAAAAGGCAAUAUUGCAUCCGGAGCUUCAACAAAUGGUCUCACAUAUAAGAUUCCUGGCCGAGUUGGAGACAGCGCUGUAGCUGGCGCUGGGGCAUAUGCAGAGAAUGGUGUGGGGGCUGCGGCGUGCACCGGAAACGGUGAUGUAAUGAUGCGAUUCUUACCAAGUCACACGGCUGUGAUUUUGAUGAAGACAGGGCUGUCGCCCCAGGAAGCGGCUGAAUCUGCUAUUAAAAUCAUCAAGAAGAAAUACCCAGACUUUAUGGGAGCGAUUGUUGCUGCUGAUGCCAAAGGAAAUAUAGGAACAUAUUGUCAUUUGUGGACGGACUUUCAGAUUACAUACAUGAUGCCCGGACUUCCAGAUAUUCAAGUUAAAAACGUGACAUGCUCUAUGAACUAAUUGAGAACACGUGAUAAAUCACCGAUGUUUCCGGCCCUUAUUUGUACAAAGCCUUGAACCAAAUAACUUUUUGGCAACCGCUUUACUGUAAUUGUAAAGACACGUUCAGACGUGUUUACAAGUUUGAUUUUUUUUUUUGCAUAUGUAUCAGUGCAGUAAAUGCACUAUCUGCUCAACACGUCAAAUUAAAAAAGUGGGCGGGUUUAAGAAACGACAUCCUUGCUCCUUUAUGUUCUGUAGACAUGAACAUUUAAGUCGUUUUGAACAAUAAAAAGUAAUGUCCAGAGAUUACGGUUUAACAAAAUUGAUAGAUUUAAGUUAUUUGUUUGUUUGCAUUUUGUUUGUUUGCUUGUUGUUGUUAUUGUUUGUUUUUUGUUGUUUUAGUUCAUAUCUAUGUGAUUGUGCCUAAAAUUGUUUAUGAUAACUCUCUGAAGGUUUUGUAACACAUUGAAGGGAGACAACUCGGGUUAGCUUUAAUUGCAAAUGAUGAAUGACUAAGGGAGACAACUAUUAUGCUUUUCAAUGUGUUGACUUUUCCAUGGACGAAAUUAAACUCGUAUUAUGUAAGAUAAUCUCUUAAAUCUUGAUAAUGUAUAAUGUAUUAAAUCGUUGUCAUUCAAAGUAUUUUGCAAAUACAGUAUUUGUAAUGUACAUACAUUUUGAAGUGUAAUAUACAAGUUGAAUAAAUUGGUUGACAAUCUUG